AGAACACAACGUCUGUAAACCCGGACGCACUCGAUCUGGCCAACAAGUGAGCAGUUGCCUCGUUUGCACUACGGCUAAGAUGAGCAAAUACAACAGAAGUAAAACGCUUAGAUAACAUAUACCCGAGCAACCACCAACGCUUGAAGGGCGCGGCGCCUGGAAAGGUAAUUCAAUCCAGUCCCCGUCAGGCGUGAGGUCUCUCUCUCCCCUCCCUCCCUCCCUCCCUCUCCCUCUUCUGAUGAUCUUGGCCGAUAUUUCAGAUUACUGCUUUUCGGAAGUUCUUCUAUGCAAGUUGGUGUUAAUUCCGAAAAUGGAGCCGAAGGAACUAUCAAUCGAGCUUCUGAAGAAAAUCACAAAUGGGUUCUCUGAGAAAAUUGGUGAAGGCUCAUUUGGAGUAGUUUAUAAGGGAAAGCUUAAUGGGCAACAAGUUGCUGUCAAGAAACUUCGCGACUCGUCUGUCGUGAAUGAAAGAGAAUUUGAGAGAGAGGUUCAGAUUCUGAGAUUGGUCGAGCAACAAAACAUAGUGAAGCUAAUUGGCUACUGUUACCAGAAACAGGAUAAGAUAGAGCCAAGCGGAAGCUUCGGUGCUCGAGACGUGGUGGAUAAAUUCCUCUGUUUCGAAUAUGUAUCCAAUGGAAGCAUUGACAACCAUAUCUACGGUGAACCUUCCAAACUUGGUUGGAACAAACGCUUGAAGAUAAUUAGCAUCCCUUUUGCAGCGUGGUGGCAGGGAGCUGUCCGUUCCUCCCCUCCUUCUGCUCGGAAAGGCACUAUGUCGGUGGUCUUGCUCACGGCUUGGUCGAUCUGGAAACAUCGCAAUGCCGCUGUCUUCGACAACUCUCUCCCCAACAUCGCUUCCCUCCUCGACCUGAUCAAGGCGGAGGCUCGACAGUGGUCUAGUGUGAGAGCAGUGGGCCUGGGGACGCUGUUGCCGCUGAAUCUUAGUUAGGCGCGUCGUGUUGUUUGUGGGUGUGGCCCUCCGUGGUCUUGUACAUAACUCUUUCUUAUUUAUCUAUGCAUCGAGACGCAAGACUUUUGCGUUUUCUCGAAAAAAAAUUAAAAAAAUAAUUAAAGGCA